CAGCAAUAAAUUAUACAUUUUAGGUUUCCUAAAGAGCCUAACGCCCGAGAACAAUGGAUUGACGUGACAGGUAGAGGAAACUGGAUGCCGACAAAGACGAGUACUAUUUGCUCUAAACAUUUUACUGAAAAUGAUUUUAUCAUUAAAAAAUCAGGUUAUAGGUACCUAAAACCAGGGACGAUCCCAAGAGAACAAAUUGUUCAGAUUUGUUCAAGUUCUUUGACAACUAAUUCUUGCAAUGCUAUAAUUAAUAAGCCCAGUUACGUUGCUAUUUCCGCCAGUGUGCAAAAUUGCGAAGGCACUCAGGAUUUACAAGCACAGGCUUCAUCUUCAACUUUGUUGACGUUGACACCAAAAAGAGAUAAAAAUUUAAAAAGAAAAUACACUGAAGAAAGCGUAAUGUCAUCUUCAAAUGCAAGCACUCCUAGGAAAAGAAAGCUACAAAAGAUAAUCGUCAACAAAGAAUGUUUAAUAAAGAAACAGAGGUUGAAGAUAAGAAGGAUACAGGCACAAAACCGAAGACUGAAAAAAAAAUUUAAUAAAAUGCAAGAUGUUUUAAAUGAUCUUCAAAAAAAUUUUCAUUGCAGGACGAAGAUAUAUCUGUUCUAAAAAAUUUAAAUGUUAAGGUGAUUCCUCUGCCCG